GUUGUCUUGCGUUCAUAUAGAAAUGUAUGAUGUAGAACAAAUAUACUUCUCUGGUAUGUAGAAUAAGUAAUCACAUCAGCUGAAUUGAAUAUCUAUCUGCAGCGUUCCACAACGCUGAGGUAUCAGCUACUUAACCGAACGAUCCGGAACACACCCCUUUACGAAAGUAGCACAGGCUGCCUACGAGUCAACGAACUGCAGCCGAGACACAUCUGACCUAUGUCGUCGCCAGAGAUCGCUUCCCUGUCCUGGGGACACAUGAAGGUGAAGGGCUGCUCCUCUUCCUAUAAGGACUGUAAGGUGUGGCCCGGGGGUAGCCGCGCAUGGGACUGGAGAGAGACUGGGACGGAUCAUCACCCUGGAGUGCAGCCUGCAGAUCUGGAGGAGGUGCUUCAGAAGGGUGUGGUGACUCUGGUCAUCGGGCGGGGCAUGAGUGAGGCGCUGCAGGUCCCGUCCUCAACUGUGGACUUCGUGAGACAGAGAGGAGUGGAGCUGAUAGUUCUGCAGACAGAGAAGGCCAUCACAGAAUACAACAACCUGGUUGGCCAGGGAGCCAAGGUGGGUGGCAUCUUCCACUCUACCUGCUGAUGACAUACCACAGGUGGCCAGUAGGAGAACUCUGAAAGCCUGGUGCAAUUCAACAUGUCAUAUUCAUUACAGCACACCAUAGCAAAAUGUUUUGCAAUGGACAAGUCCAUGUAGUUCCUCCCUGUUUUCUUCUGUUUGGUGUCUGAUGAAUACAACCCUGGGGUGCAUUAGCAAAGUGAAACAUUCAGAACACUAAUGAAGAGCUAAAAUGACUUGCUGUGAAUAAAGGCUUGUUUUUGUCA